CCGCCGUCGACAUCCAUAUCCCGACCGACCACCAACAAAAAUAUGGCUGACUUUGAAGCCACCGACCCCGCCGUCGCCGCCGAGCUCAAGAAGAGGAGAACAUUCCGCACCUUCUCCUUCCGUGGCAUCGAGCUCGAGAAGCUCCUUGACCUGAGCAAUGAGGACUUUGUUGAGAUUGUUCACGCCCGCGCGAGGAGACGGUUCCAGCGCGGCCUGAAGCGCAAGCCUAUGGGCCUGAUCAAGAAGCUCCGUAAGGCGAAGAAGGAGGCACCGCCCAAUGAGAAGCCCGCUGUCGUCAAGACCCACCUGCGGGAUAUGAUCGUCGUUCCGGAAAUGAUUGGCAGCGUCGUCGGCAUCUACAACGGCAAGGUCUUCAACGCUGUUGAGAUCAAGCCUGAGAUGACUGGCCAUUACCUUGGAGAGUUCUCAAUCUCGUACAAGCCCGUCAAGCACGGUCGUCCGGGUAUCGGUGCCACCCACUCGUCUCGUUUCAUUCCCCUCAAGUAAGUCUUCGAGAGGGUUGCUGUUGUGGGAUGGGCGUCGUCUCUAUACGCAUAUGUUGGCAUACUCUCCCAUGAAUAAUAUGCCAUGCAACACAUUUGUCUGUUCAGAGGGAAAAUUCCACAUUGGCCCAAAUCAGCGUACUCAUUCUUGUCAUACAUAAUGGUUUAAUUCCCAUCCGAUAAAG